AUGGCUUCGUUCGUGGAUGAGCGGACCCUGCUGUAUGCAGGGCUCGCUGUAUGUGUCACCAUCAUCACAUAUCUGAGUCUCAGUCAACGUCAGAAGGAAGUCGUCUUCAGCAGAUUGAUCCUCCGAGGGCGCCGAUCAUCAAGUGCGGAUACUCCUCCUCGGUCACUCUCUCCGGAAAAGGUCCCCGCCAACUCACAACCCAAGUCGUCCGAAUAUGUGAGCGCUUUCCCGCCUCUGACCAGAGAGAACCUCCCAGAAGCAGCUGCCGAGUUACCGGAAGAGCGCCGCAAGGUUCUGGAGACUUCCACCUUCGAUGAAGAGAAGUGGACCAAGUCCAUCCUCGGAUUUGAAGACGACUUCCGCAAGGCUGACCCGGACAAGUACAUCUAUACCGGCUACAAAGUUAAGGAGAUCCGCGCUUUAGGAGACUUCCCCAACUACUCUGCCCUGAGUGGUAUCCCACUUCCACAAGCCUAUCCUCAACAUGACAUCACCAAGGCUUUGCCGCGGCCAUACCGGCCAUUUCGCUGGGCCUACCAUCAGACCAUGUCACUGACCAAGCUCGAGCCUGACUGGUGGCUCGAGUUGGAAAACACCUAUGUCUCCCGGAUCAAUCAACGCAAGAAGCUGUACGCCCAACACGGCGAAGCUGUUCUUCAAUGGCUUCCCGGCUCUGAGCUGGCCUGUAAAGAAUUGAUGGAGAUGGCUCUACAGUUCCUUUGCGCCCGCUACCCUCAGUACUUUAAGCUCCACGCGGACAAGAAGACGUUUGAGAACAAGAUCCUCGGCACGACGCAGGACGUCUCGGCCAAGCAUCCGUUACUCGUCCUGUUGGACAAUGUUCCAGAAGAUUUUGCAAUCACGCUGCGGAAUCCGGAAACCGGGUACUACCAUUUCCGCGCGGGGAUGAUCUGCUCGGCUCUGGGCUGGAACGUCGGCAGCAAGAUCGGGUUGCAAUUGCAUGAGAUCCAUGCCCCGAUCCCAGACUAUAAGGAGAAGAUGCAGUUCAGCAUGGACCGGUAUGCGAAUGCUUCGUCACAGCACGACAUUGACAGGAAGAGGAAUGCUAACUUUGCUUUGUACAGCUUCUUUACCAAGAUGCCCGCCUCGAAACCCAUCCAGCGCGGCUCCUGGGGCCUCGAGGUCGACCAACCUCUGUACAUGCCUCCCGGCGACCCGCACGAGAAAUUGCGCGACUUCCAAUCGCCCGACCUCGACAUCUCGCGCAUCCACCUGCGCGUGGACUGGCAAACGCUGCGCCGCCUCCCCCUCUCGGGCGGCAUCGUGUUCAAUUUCAAAGCGCUGUUCACGCCCGUUACCGAGUUUCGCGACGAGCCGUACCUCCCGAGUCUGGUGCUGAAAGUCCUCAAAGAAGGCAAAGAGAAUCUCAUGAAGUACAAGAAUACCUGGCACGUGGAGCACGUCGUCAUCCCGGUCUUGGAGGAGUAUCAGCGCGAGCAGGUCGCAAAGGGCAUCGUCGAGAAGGAUUGGCCAUGCCACACUUUGGACGAGAGCCCUUGGUUCCCGGGCUGGAAGGAGAAAUGGGUGAGACAGCAGGGGUUUGCGCCGCCAGAGUAA